CGGGAGGAGGAGUCGCGGGAUGGAGAGCGGGCUGAGGUGGGCGCUCCGCUUCGCCCGGCGCGCAACAACGGACCACCUUAAGGGCCGGGACCAGGGAGAAAGAAGGGAGAGCCCCGGCCAAGUGUCACGCUGAACCCCCCCCCGCCCGCCGCCGCCGCCCGAAAUCUGGGGCGGAGGUGGGGCACCGUGGUGGGCACGAGAGGGAGGGGGGAGACCGACCUCUCUAUAAAAUGCCUGCUGACGGCUGUAGUAAAAAGAAGAGGGUAGGUGGAGAGGGUGUGUGCAAGAGGUGGAGGGGUAGGGCUUGCAAAAAAAAUUAUUUCUUGUGUCGAUUUUUAAUAUUCUAUUUUUAAAAAAUUUCUAAUGACUCUGGGGUCAUGUUGUAGCAAAUCUCACUUCACGCACUUUACGUCUUAGCAGUAAACCAAGAAAGGUGUACUGACCCGAUAUUGGUAGAGAGGGCUGCAGUUCUUCAGAAUGGUUGCAACCAGCAGCUUAAACAGCAAGAACUCUUCAUGCAUAUCUGAACUGAUGCAGCAGCGCUUCCAGCAUGCAACCUUAACUGACUUUGACUACUGGGAUUAUGUAGUGCCUGAGCCUAAUUUUAAUGAGGUGGUGUUUGAAGAGAAAACAUGUCAGAGCCUAGUGAGAAUGCUGGAGAACUGCCUGUCAAAGUCAAAGAAGACCAGACUGCAUUGCUCAAGGGUUCUAGUCCCUGAGAAAUUAACCAGGAGGAUAGCUCAAGAUAUCUUGCGUCUCUCCUCAACCGAGCCUUGUGGUUUAAGGGGCUGUGUUAUUCAUGUCAAUUUGGAAAUGGGAAGCAUAUGUAAAAAGCUCGAUAAGGUUGCCUACGAUCCGACUGUUGUCCCCACUUUUGAACUAACACUGGUGUUCAAACAGGAUAAUGGUUCAUGGCCUAGUUUCAGGGAUUUCUUCCCCAGAGUUUGCUUUAUUUCUCAAAGUAAACGUACUCUCAUCCUGAGCCCUGGAUUUAGACUAAUUAAGAAAAAACUGUACUCCUUGAUUGGGACAGUUGUUGAAGAAUGCUAGAAAGUCUGCUUCUCUCCCCUCCAAUUUUUUUUUAAAUUCAUGAGCCUGAAGCCUUUAGAAAUAGGACUUGAUGUUUGUUUGUUUGUUUGUUUUAAAGAUGAUGCUGACUUUUGCACAAUAUCCAUACAUCUUCCUGGACUGGGAAACCCUCAGUGCAGCUAGCUGUCACUAGGUAGGAUGGUACAGAACACAACUACCGAUACUUGAAACAUUCCAUAUUUGGCAUCAGCUUGGCAAAGCCCAUCAGCCAGCUUGACUACAGCUGAUUCCUGGUGGUUAUAAUAAAUGUUACCUGAAGUGAAGCUCUUACUUUUUGGCAUUUUUGGAUGUCCAAUUUUUGUUAAUCUAAAUUCUUCUGGCCUUUAAGCUUUUGUUUGUUUUUAGAGAAGAACUAAGGAGAUUAACCCUGAGGUUUCCCAAACAACUAGAAAUGCAUGUUUCUGGGAUAUUUAAGCCAGAAUUAGUAGAAUGCUUUCAAAUAUUGCAGCAGUGAUGGAAAAAGAGGGCGGAAAUAACUCCUUGCAGAGCGAUGUUAACUCGUGUUAAUGGUUGGGACCUUCUGCUGCACUGUCACCCAAGUUGAUCCAACUAGCUUUUCUUGACCCAGCUAACAUCUGUGUAAUUCCAGUGUGGAAGGCAGAUGCUGUAAAGGCUGAUUGGGUUGGUUUGCUGUGGACUCAUUUGCCCAGAGUAUCAUGAAGAACUGAUUUUCAACUGCACAGGCCUUUCUAACUUCUGGAAAUGUGAUGGUGGUGGUGAAGUUUAUAAACCACUUGAUGUGACUUUGGCCACUGAAUGUCGCUUUAGUUUCAUAGAACAAAUGUUGGUUGCUAGUGUUUAAAAUGGCCCGGGGGCUUAUAAGCAUACUGUUUCACAGUGAGCUGUCCUACCAACCCCACUCCCACUGUGGACUGCCCCAGUUGUGUUUGUCAAAGUGUUUGACCUGAAAUGUUGCUUAAAUUGAGCUUGUCUUUCAUGCUGGUCUAAGGAACUAUUCAUGCAAUCUCUUUUUGUUGAUUUGUUUCCCCCAUACUUCUGGCCUCCAAAAAGGCUGGCUGAUGAAGCAGAUCUUAGUUGCCUUAUCAGAGUUGUACAACUGGUGCAAGGGAUGGUGGGUUCAGACAUCUGUUUCACCACAGGCUUGGAGGAGCACUUUAGAGCUCUCAUAAGUUGGCUUCAGAGAAGAGAAUCAAUCAAAUCCUAUGAAGGGCAAGAGAGGUAAACUGGUCAUCUAAUCUUCUGCUGGUUUUUGUCCAUCUACUUGAUACAGAGGUGGGCCUAUAAGCAUGAAACAUCUUCCACAAUCCAAGGAGUGAUCCAUCUCUUUGGCUGUUGGUGGCAUUUUACCUCAGUCUCGGAAGGGGGCAUUAAGCAGGCUCGGGAGAGGAAUCCUUGUAUCCGAAAGCCUUUCAGAUUGUAAGGAUGGGACCUUCUUUUAGCUUCGUUUCUCUAGAUUUUCGUCUGGCUUGCCUGGACAUGACUUCAAGUCCUUUUACUUAGUUUGCCAUCUUAGAGAACCUGUAAACAUUAUAUAGUCUUAUCACUUUCUCAACCCCCGACAAAGUUGACAUUGAUAGCCAGUAUCCAAAUAAAGUGUUACACUGAAUGUCUUUCUAAAUGUUUUUUUUUAAGUUCUUAAAUGUUGUAUUUCACGGGACUGCAAUCUAAGCUUCAUGUAUUGAUACACACAAGUUAUACUAAACAAUACCACCUUUAAAAGAACAGAAGUCAAAGUUAAGUGUAUUUUUGCCAGAAAAGCAUUAGGGACCAGAUCCUAAUCCAGGAGCGAAAAAUAGUGGCCUCCAGAUGUUUUUUUACUUUAGCUCCCUAAAGUUCCAAAUAGUAUGUCCAGUGGCGUGGGACUUUGGGAAGCAUAGUCCAGAACAUCUGGAGGGCCAAUACUUCCCAAUCGUUCUGAAGCCAAGAGUGUAAUAUCAAAGGGGAGAGACAGAAACUGAUGUAGUCUAAUUCUCCAAGCUUUUUAUUGAAUCCAUCUUGACCAGUAUGUAGAAAGAAGCAAACUGGGAACUUUCAAGCACUUGGAUGUUUGUGUAGUGGCACUCUGAUUUUCUUCAGAUUAGUUUCUUGGCGAUAAUUGAAUGCAUUUAUUGUGAAGAAUAAUUCACAUCUUCUGACCUUACCACAAGUACUUGGUAUUUUCUGGCAUAAAAGCCUAUGGCCAAAAAAAAAAAGAAAA